GCCACCACCUGAUAGCACUGUUUACAAGGAGGAGGAAGGAGGCCGCCUGGGAUGUCUUGCUUUGCGUCCCUAUUUUGAGUGUUUCUCGGUGUUUUUACCAGUCCAUGAAGCUCAGAGGGACUCCUGAACCAUGGCGCAGUGCAAGCUCACCCCGCACGAGUACAUCCAGAGCUCCUUUUCCCCGCAAGUGGCCGUUCUGUGCAGUGAGGACGCGGACAACCUUUGCCUCAAGAACAAUUUACGAUUUGUGGAGUUGAUUCAGCCCUUCUGCCGCCUCAAUAGUGAAGUCCGCAUUGCUGAUCCAGCUGGGAACACGGUGCCAAUCAGAAACUUGCGGGUGGUGUUUGAGGACAUGAACAGGAGGCCACCGCAGCCCACCCUAGGCAAGAAGCUGUUGAGUGAGGUGGUGAGCACAACACCGUGGGACAGGCCAGGCACAAGAACCGUCGGAGCUUCAGGCACGCGUGAGGUUCUUGAUCUGGAGCUGCAGCCGACCACACCUUGGUUCGAAACUUGGCGAGACACCUUCCUCCAUGUCCAGUACCCUUCAGACCAUGAGUUCACCAAGCACUACAUUGCCUGCAUUGUGGUUGUGGCCUCUACCAGUGAGAGCCCUUUGGACCAGCUGAACAGGUUAUCCCAGUACCUGCACCAACAGCUACACCAGACACCUGCACGCUUUCCCAAAUGGUUUUCUCCCAACAUCCUCAAGUUUUGUGUGUUGCUUCAUGAUGUCACAGUCGGGGAUCUCAGCAGAUCAGAGCAGAUCUUUGAACACAUGGUGACUUCAUAUGGAAGCAGCAACUGCCACCUUCUUCAGAUCAACUCUCGAGAAACCAACCAAACAGAUGUUAACCUGCCAGACCCCUGGAGUCAGUUCCUCCUGCAGCGAGCAACCUGUGACGCAAGUGGAGGAAGCAGCUCUGAAACCAGCAGUGGCACUGGCACGCCACGGGAGGAUGUAAGUGGCCUUCCCUCCCGCGUGUCUGAGGGAGACACCGCCGACAACAUGGAGCCAAUACACCCGCUGUCUCCAACCUUACCCCCCAUGGAUGAGAAAAAUGGAGCUUUUGACAUGAUGCCUGGAGUGGAGAUAUCCUCUGACGUGCCUGUGAUGGUCAACAGACCUAACCUACCAGCCGGUACUGCCCAGCACCACGGGGGCUGCCUUACCUCAUCUGAUGUGGACCGCAUACGCAUCUUUAUCCAUGAAUUUUGUGUGAGGUCACUGAUCCCACAUGUGGAGAAACAGAUACGAUACUUGAACGAGGUUGUGACCAACAGAUCUCGUUCAAAAUCUCUCCUUAGUGCCACGAGGCGCUGGCUGGUGGGGAACAAGAGCCCGGGCAGUGCCACUAACUCUGUGAUCUAUAGUCCUGAAGCCACGGAAUUGCAGACCAGAAGGCUGGGAGACCUGUGCUUUAUGUUCGGGCUGUAUGAGGUUGCAAACACUUAUUAUCUCACUGCCAAGAAUGACUUUAAAAGUGACCAAGCAUGGCUAUAUUUUGCUGGUGCACAGGAAAUGGCUGCCCUUGCUGCUUUUAUGCAGAAUAGUUCAGAUUAUCCUAAAAGAUAUUUGGAAAAUAGUUUGCAAACCUACCUCAAUGUCUGUAAGGUUUAUAACUUUGCAAUCCGCUCCACACUUCUGAGCACUGAAGUAUUAAAGCACUGUGGGGAGUUCGGAGAGGCUGCCAUGAUGUUCAUUAAGCUGACGUCAGAAGAAAGUGACCUCUUGUCAGCCCUCAUGCUGGAGCAGGCAGCUCACUGCUUCAUCAACUCCCAGAGACCACUGCCAAGGAAGUAUGCUUUCCACAUGACUCUUGCAGGACACCGGUUCAGUAAGGCUGGCCAGCGAUCGCACUCUCUAAGGGCGUACAAGCAAGCCUUUCAGGUCUACGCCACGCAUGGAUGGGUGCUCGCAGAAGAUCACAUCCACUUCACCCUGGGCAAACAAGCUCACCAUCUAAAACAGCUGACAGAGGGCCUUCAAGCCUAUACUCAGCUAGUCGACCAGAAACCCAAGAAGAACGCCUCCAGUCAACAGUCCGCCUCUCAACAGAUAACUUAUGUGAGGGAGUUCAUUAAUAUCUUCCACCAGUACACUGAACAGGAAUGGAACUCAUCUCUUGGUGCUCCUUGUCUUCCUCUACCGCUGAUUGAGUCUCAGGCAACGAGAGUCUUGCUUGGAGCUCCGCAGGACCCUCCAACAAGCAGUGACUGGAUAGCAGCGUCUCACCUGUCACUGGAUGCUGCGCCGUCUAACAAUGCUCGGUGGUUUGCACUAGAGAGGGAAUUGGUUCAAAUAUUCUAUAGUUUCAAUGUCAUGACGUUCAGGCCCAACCUGCAGCUCCUCACCAGGGAUACUCCAAACACUGAAAGCCCUGUUGUUCCCGUAAAUGAGCCAAUUCUUGUUGAAGUAGUGAUGGUCAACCCACUCUCGGUAAAUCUCAUGAUCAGCGACGUCAGACUAGUUUUCACAUUUGAACCAACAGGUGAAGAAGAGUCAGCUGAUACAUCUGUCAAGCAUUCCACACACCCUGGAUGUACAUUAGCAGCUGGUGCCAAAGAGCCUAUUAAGUUAGAGUUAGUACCAGCAACUCCAGGAAGAAUACUAGUGAAGGGAGUCAGGUACAAAUUCUCCCUCCCACCUGAUGCCUCUGUCCCACCCUCUGGUUCAAGCUCAGCUCCUGUGAUAAUCGAGGGACAACAGAUGAUUGAAGUCCGGGGUCCAAGGUUAAACAACACACAGACAGAAAAGUGUAGUGAAGUGUACGCCAAAGAUAAAAGGCUGGACAUCACCGUUCUACCACCCAUGGCAAGACUAAGUGUAGCUUUCCAGGAAAUUCCCCAGAUCAUGAGUUGUGGAGAAUUGUGUAGUGCUGAUGCUGUAAUCACAAACAUUGGGCCAAGGCCGAUAAGCAAACUCAGGUUGGCUGUGUCAGAUCCAAAUCAUGUAUAUAUGGAAAUUAAUGAUACUUCCUUGCCAAAGAAGCAUGUGUGUGUUCUGAAUGAAAGUGAGGCAGCCGAUAGCAAAAUAACUGGCCGGAUAGCGUCAUUAAUAGCAGACGGUGCUACUGUCAACCCCGGUGAGAGCAUACAGGCCAAGCUUUGGCUGCAUGCACCCUUGCAACCAGGAGCAUUUGAUGUAGAGCUGCUCUUCUCCUAUGAAACUAGUGAUUUUACUGGCAAGAAGAAGUACAGAUUGUUGCGCCACCACAGUAGUAUAUACCUUGAAAGAAGCUUGAGUUUGAAGGUGUCAUCCACAGUAAGUCAGAACUUACAAGAAUCCCUCAAGGAGACAAAUGAUCGCCCAGGAUCUUGCAGCUACACCUCCAACCUCCUUGUAGAAGUCAUCAAUAAUGCUGAGGUUGACAGCAGUUGUUGUUCCUACACAAUUGUAGGACUGAGCAGUAACAGUAAAAACUGGGCAGUUGUUCCUCAUUCCACUUUGCAAGGACAAACUCUGAACACUGGAGAGUCAUGCCACCUGUGUGUCAAGUGUGUACAGUACCUGAACCCAGACGCGAGUAAGCUGGUCCUGUCCCAGCUCCCGUUUAGCGACUCUCAGGUUCCUCUAAACUCAUGGUGGCGCUUUUCACUAAGGGAACGCAUUGCCCUCCUAGACCUUCUGGCUGACGUGCCAUCUGCAAACCCAACAGCAGACCACAUUCCUCCACCCCCCACCGUAGACCAGAUGGAUACAGCGCACAUUCUGGCGGCCAACACGCUUGACAUGGUUGUGACAGCUGUAUGGAAGGGGGAGAGAGGAGGACGUGAAACUUGGGGCCAACACAGUGUUCACCUCAAGUCUCUGGGGGAUAGCAUCAGUUUCCCUGUGUCCCCAAUAAGCCAAGCUGGAGAGGAAGAGAAGCCACCCAUCAGAAUCAUUCCAGAAACCCCACUACAGCUGGUGCCCACAACCCUCCCUCCUGGAUCCAAACAAAAGCAUAUGGUGAAGGUUUCUGCUCAGUUUCCAGGUUCUAUGGAGCAUGACUUUAUCAGCAACAAGCUAUGUUCUCUGGAAUUUGAGCUUUAUCUACACAACUGCAGUGCAUGUCAUCUUUCAACGUAUCUCAACCUCUCUCCAGAAGGUUUUCCUGGAAGUAAUUCUGGAUCAAGCAGCCACAUGUACUCACCACAAGCAAGCACUCAACUUAUGUAUGUGGGAGGAGCUGUCCGCAAGAUCUCUCUCUCGCCAUGGGGCAACAGUAAAGUCCCUGUUCGUGUGCUGAUCACAAGCCCCGGCACCUACAGUCUUGGCGUCAUAUCUUUGACUUCAUUGAGAAAGAAUGCUAGUAAAGAUAAGUCAGAACAACCUACACCUCAAAUCUGUCAGCUGCAAACAGCUGUCACUGUGAGGCAGGCAUCUAGGAACCAUGGGACUCACAGCACAUGAUGGUGUUGACCAGAGAAGAUUGAAUAUACUGUUAAGGAAAGAAAACUACAGGACCGCCUGCCCUUUGACUUGCAGCAGUUAGUUAAGUUUGAGAUUUCUGAGUUUCACUCCAAGCCAUAAAUUUUCCAGAUUUCAUUACCUGUCCCUCUCUUUUGUGAAUUGCUUACUGUAUGCUUCACCAGUCUUGGCUUGUUGCUGUUAUUCAAUACCAGGACACUGGCAAUGUGGCAAAUUUUGUAGCACACGACAUAAAAUGAAUCAUUCCUCAAGCUUCAUUUAUAUAACAUAGCUGUCCAUGGUAGUCUUCAACUCUUCUGUGAUCACACCGUCAGGAUACCCAAUGUUUC